AUGCCUGAUUAUAGAGCCAACAAACCACAACCUAAUACCUGUACCUUUCUCUGUCACGAUGUCCGAUUAUUAAACGAACCAAUUUGUACCGUAACAACGAAGAAAACACUUACUGAUCAACCAUUCUGGUGGCACAACGAACGAGAGUCAGAUUAUUUUGACCUUCCAAGUUAUUCUAAUGAUACUAGCUAUCGUAAAGAUUUUCAGUAUCGAAAAGAUCGAUGGCCACCUGCUUCAACUCGUCAUGCCUCAAACCCAAAUACAGAUUGGGCUUAUGGAAUAGUGCCUGUCAAUCAACUAGGAGGUAGAAAACAUAAACAUCGAUUAUUUACAGAGAAAAUGUCUUAUGAACAUCAGUAUAGCAGUCGAAAUAAUCCUAAUUAUCCUAAUCGUGGUCAGCGCCAAGGCCAUUUUGUUUGGAAUGAAAUGAAAGGAGACAAACUACAAAAUUUUAUUGAUUUUCAUCAAAGUUUAAACGAAAUGCAGGACAACGAAAAAGGUCAAAAGAAAUCAUCGAUUAAACCAACAACGAAUUCCAUUCAUUUCAAUGAUGUUCCAGAAACACUGCCAGCAGUAAUGAGAGAAACUGAACAAGUCUGUCAAUCAAAACUACCGGCAGGUCAACUAGAGAAUAACGUAGGUCACCCCAAUGGUGCAUCUGAUUACCCCAAUACUGUUGAAUAUCAGAAUGGGGUUUCAGAGUACACUAACAGGGCCUCAGGAAACACCAGCAUGCCUUUGGAAUACCCCCAAAACCCAUCAGAUAAUUCAAAUAAUAAUGCACCGAUAUAUUAUCAACCUAAUGAAGAAAUAGAGUGGAAAUUACCUCAGAAAAAUCCACAUGGGGUUUCAGAGUUCACUAAAGGGGCCUUAGGAAAUCCCAGUAUGCCUUUAGAAUACACCCAAAACCCAUCAGAUGAUUCGAAUAAUACUGCACCGAUAUAUUAUCAACCUAAUGAAGAAAUAGAGUGGCAAUUACCUCGUUCUUUUUCCAAGUAA